UUAGUUCAUAAGUUAACGUCGUAAGGACAACACGACCGCAGAUUGUUUUUUAGAAGUUCGUUCGUUUCGCGUUACUUAAUAGUUGAGUGCAAGGUGUGACGGUGCAUCGCCUACCUAGACCUAGACGUUAAUCCACCAAGUUGAAGAUGCUGCACGUCGCGUCAACUUUCGAAAAUUCCCUCCGGCGCGACGUUUCGUCCCCGUUACCAAAGAAGCACACCUCGUGCAAGGGCACUGCGCACGGAAGCGGAAAUUACGGCCCUGCGAACGAUAAGGAAUGCGAUUUGGAUCACACUCAUAGCCCUUUGCAGAGGAACAAUUCCAAAAGAUGGUCAAAGAGAUCGAAGAAGGUCGAAAACGAAUCUCUGACUGCGAGCCAAACAGAAAAAAGCCCUUUCCAGAGAAACUCUUCGGGGAGAUGGUCUGCCAAGAAGCAGGAAAAGAAAACUGCCAGCGUAAGCUCGGAGAACUUCAGCGAGUCGGAUUCUCUGGACUCCCUGGGAGACAAAACGAAAGUUUCGGAGGUCGCAGACGAUGCGAGAAAGGGCGGUGAUGUAUCCAGUAGGCUCUUCAACAACGUUACCAAAUCUUCCUUCGCCAAAACGGCCAAAAUGAGGCACCUGGAUAUAUUUGACGUCGACGACAACAGCUGGAUGGGAGGACUUAGGAAAACCGUUGAUGAAGUUUCGAAGCAAAAACCCCCUAUCGAACAUGAGAGUGGAUUCGUUCGGUCUCGGAACGGUUCCUUGAGGAAAAAAUCGAUUGACCUGAGUCAGGAGAGCAAACCUUCAGGGAAAGAGGCGAAGGACAGUAAUUUUUCCAGGUCUAGAAACGGCUCGUUUAGGAAAGUCGACGACAAGCAGCCGCAGGGUUCUUUUCAAAGAAAUCCCGGUAGAAAUAGCUUCAGCAGGAGGAGCUUGAAUAAUAAGAAGCUCGCGAAAAUAAAGUGUAUCAGCUACGAAGACAUCCUGUUCAUGAGCAAUUAUAAGAAAACUCCGGGGUUUUUCAAAGUGGUGGAUAAGAAUAAUUGUUUCAAGGAUUUCGAUGAAAUGGCGAAGGAGAAACUCGACGAGGCAAAGACGGACGAGCUCUUGGCAAACGAAAAGUUAUGGCUAGACGCGGAAAAAUUAUGGCUGAUGCACAGAGGCGGAUUUGCUGCCGCAAGGAAAGAAUCAGGAUCGAGCCAGGAGCCCGGAAAGCUGAUGAUCAAGUUGGAAUCCACUGGAGAGCUGCUUUGUGUAGAUGAAGAUGACAUCGAAAAGGCUAACCCUCCUCAAUUCGACCGAGCAGAAGACUUGGCCUCCCUUCGACACCUCAACGAAUCGAGCAUACUCCAUACCUUGCGACAACGUUAUGCCACGAAUUUGAUUCACACUUAUGCGGGUUGCGGAACUCUUCUUGUGAUAAACCCAAUGGCGCCGUUAGCUAUUUAUUCGGAAAAGGUAGUGUCGCUAUUCAAAGGCUGCAAAUCCGAAGACAUGCCUCCGCACAUCUACUCGAUGGCUCAGUCGUCGUACCACGCGAUGCUCUCCACCAGACGGGACCAGAGUCUCGUCUUCCUCGGCAGAUCCGGAUCCGGAAAAACUUCCAAUUUCCGGCAUUGCGUCCAGUACCUCGUCACAGCAGUGGGUACGGUGAAUAAGAUCCUCACGUUGGAGAAACUAUCCUCGGUAUGGACCGUGUUGGAGAGUUUCGGAAAUUGCAAGACGGUGAUGAACUCUAAUGCGACAAGAUUCACGCAGAUCUUCAGCCUCGACUUCGAUCAGAGCGGAGCUAUAGCUUCAGCGAGCCUGCAAGUUCUAAUGUUGGAAAAAACGAGAAUCGCGAAAAAAAUCGAAAACGAAACGACGUUCCACAUAGUGCAUCGGCUCUUGUCGGGAGUCGAAGGUGCUUUGAGAAAAGAGCUGUUCCUGGACAAUUUAUCGGGUAACGAGAGCAACCCUUUCAUGAAUCUACUCCAGAAACACGAAGACAAACAGAGGGCUCAGCUGGAAUUCGUGAAGGUGUGCAAUUCGUUGGACAUUCUUGGAGUUACGGCGAACGAACAGAAGCUGAUAUUUUCGGUAUUGGCAGCCAUUUUUCAUUUGGGAUGUGCUGGUGCUGUAAAAGCCGGCAACAACAAUCGUUACCAAUUCGCCAAUCCUCAAAGUGCGCAGAGAGCUGCCAAUCUACUGGGAACCUCCGUGGAAGAACUGUCGAGAGUCAUGUUCGGUCUAGCAUCGGGCGGCUUGGGUACACCCAAUACACCUAGAGCACCAUUCAGAACACCUUCCCCGACUGACAAAGGCCUCGAUAGGGAAGCUGUUGGUCUCGAAGCCGUUGAAGGAAUCAUCAUAGGACUUUAUGCCGAAGUUUUUAAUUGCAUUGCUUCGUUGAUCAACAGAUCAAUAUCGACACCAACAUACACAGUUACCUCGAUUCUUCUAGUCGACACACCAGGCUUUCAAAAUCCGGCGACUUGCGGACGUCAGGUGGGAGCUUCGUUUGAAGAUCUGUGCCACAAUUACUUCCAGGAGCGUCUCCAACUUCUGUUCCAUCAUACAAAUCUGGUGGCGCCAAGAGAUAGAUACUUGCAAGAGAACAUUGAUUUCACCUAUGACGAGAAUGAAAACGAAAAUUUGAUAAACCCAACGCCGCUUGUCAACUUAUUGGAUAAAACUGCUCAAAAUACUGUGAUUAGGACUUCUCAGACUGAUCUGCAUGAAGGAGAUAGACGCGGUCUCCUUUGGCUCCUAGAUGAGGAAGCUAUUUACCCUGGUUCAUCUGAUGAUUCCUUCCUCGAAAGACUCUUCACCCAUUACGGGGAACGGGACCAUCAGCUACUCUUGAGGAAAGCUCCAGGAAACAACCAGUUCAUAAUUCAGCAUCUCCAAGGAACGAAUCCUGUCUUGUACAGUGCCAAAGGCUGGUUAAAGUGUAGCAGGGAAAAUCCCGUAGCUCGAGCUGCUGUCAACAUUCUUCAGGAAAGUUGCAAGGAGGAUCUUAGUAAAUUAUUCGUUACUGUGAGAGGGCUGGGUGCCUCAAGUUUUGGUGGCUCUCUGGUUGGCCUGGAUGGUUGCCAGUCAUUGAGAAGAGCUUCGAGUAUCAGAAGAACUUUCACUGGUGGUGCUGCGGGUAUAAAGAGGAAGAGUGUUUGCCUUCAGACAAAGUUCACAAUCGAUGGCCUUGUCGAGACUCUAAGAAGAACAAAACUGAGAUUCAUACAGUGUAUUUUACCUCAACACAAUGCCGGGCUUUGUGAAACAAAUUCAUCGCUAAUGGGUGUAAAAACAAUAGCUGGGCAGCCUGAAGACCCUCUGAUCAACGUUCCGCUUCUCAGAUCACAG